AGAGAGGAAGAGCAUUUGACUUCGUUUUGGGAGAGAGGAAGAGACGAAAUGAAAAGAAAAAACAGAAAAUGAAAAGAAAAAAAAUAUAAAUUAAAAAGGGGAAUGAGAGGAGAAGGGAAGGGAGCAGAGCAGCAGAAGAAGAAAGAAUUUGAUCGGAUUGAAUCAAAUUUUGACGUCCGCAAGGACACCAUACACACACUUUCUCUCUCCCCUCUCCCUUUCUCUCUCUAGACACUACAUCUCUUUCUCUCUCUAGACACAGCGAAGAAAACAGGGCGAAACACAACGCAGGAAAAAAAUAUACUCAGUGAUAGAGAGAGAAACCCAGAUUUUUUUUCCGCCGGCUGAGAGCAGAAACUAUAGGAGAAGCAAACCCUAGUGGAUUGUGGAGAGAGCAACAGAAAGUUUGGAGCUUUGCUCCCAUAAUCGUGAAAACCAGUGUAUUGAUAAGGGGAAAAUUUUGGGAAGAUUUUUGGUUGAGAGAGAUAUAUACUGAUUAAACGGAGGAGCUUUUGCGGCUUUUGAGUCUCUUUGUGGUAAGUUUCUGUGUGCACAUCUUUCUCUCGAGAGCUCUGCAUGCUGAGAGCAGCUCAGUUACCAGCUGGCUUCCAGAAGAUAGAGCUGCUGCUCUAGAAUGUACAGAAGUAAAGGUUGUCCCUUGCUUCAUGCCAACUUUGUGUUUGGUGAAACGCAGCUCUAUAUGCUUAGGCUGCAUAAAACAUACUCGUCUUUGUUGAUACAACACUACAAUAAGGACUCACUAUUCUCCAGCCUUGGAUGUGGAGUUGAAAUGAUAUCUAAGUCCACCUCUAUGUUUGACUUAAGUCACUUUGUUAUGUGAGUUUAGGUUUAAAAAUUCAAUUCAUGUUGUUUUAGGUUAGUUAUCUACUUCCGAAAUAGAAAGUUUUGCCUAGAUUGUAAUUCUUGAUAAUAUGGUUCCGUCGGGGCAACCUACUCCGAUCGGUGGGUCCCAAUCUGUUUCUCCUCAACUUCUGAGAUCGAAUUCGGGAAUGCUUGGAGCUCAAGGAGGCGCUUUGUCCUCACAAUCUGCAUUCCCUUCUUUGGUCUCUCCACGUAGUCAGUUUAAUAACAUGAAUAUGCUUGGAGGAGUGCCCAAUAUGUCGUCUUUACUCAAUCAGUCAUUUGGUAAUGGUGGUCAAAACCCGGGUCUUUCUGCUCCUGGAAGCAGUCAGCAUAGAGGUAUCGACACUGGUGCUGAGUCAGACCCACUUUCGGCUAAUGGAAUGGGGUUCAGUUCUCCUUCAUCAUCUUUCGUUCCGUCGUCAAAUAUGGUCAAUGCUGGUCCAUCAGGUCAAGUUCAGGGUCAGCAGUUUUUAAACCCACCUUCUGGUAAUAACCAGUUAUUGCCAGAUCAACAGCAGGCAUCUCAGCAGCUCGAUGCUCAGUCGUUUCAGCACAGUCAGCAGCCGAUGCAGCAGUUUUCUGCCUCUCACAAUACUCAGCAGCAGCACCAGUUUCAGACAAUGAGAGGAGGAAUGGGUGCUGUCAAGAUGGAACCACAAGUGACACAUGAUCAACAUGGAACACAACAGCAACAGCAGCAGCAGCAGUUGCAGCCACUUCGGAAUCUAGGUUCUGUCAAACUGGAACCUCAACAAAUGCAGACAAUGAGAACGUUGGCACCAUUGAAGUUAGAACAACAGCACUCAGACCAAUCAUUGUUCCUGCAUCAGCAGCAGCAACAGCAGCAGCAGCAGCAGCAACAACAACAGCAGCAGCAGCAGCAGCAGCAUCAGCAGCAGUUUCUUCACAUGUCCAGGCAGUCUUCUCAGGCUGCUGCACAACUCAACCUCUUGCAUCAGCAAAGACUGCUGCAGCUCCAGCAUCAACAGCAGCAACAACUCAUGAAAGCAAUGCCUCAGCAGCAACGGUCGCAAUUACCACAACAGUUUCAGCCACAGAGUUUGCCUCUACGAUCUCCGGCAAAACCUGUGUAUGAACCUGGAAUGUGUGCCCGACGUUUAACACGUUACAUGUAUCAACAACAACAUAGACCUGAAGACAACAACAUAGAAUUCUGGAGAAAGUUCGUAGCGGAGUACUUUGCUCCCAAUGCAAGGAAGAAAUGGUGUGUUUCUAUGUAUGGAAGUGGUAGACAGGCACCUGGCGUUUUCCCCCAGGAUGUAUGGCAUUGUGAGAUCUGUAAUCGGAAACCGGGUCGUGGCUUUGAGGCCACUGUUGAGGUUCUUCCCCGGCUUUUCAAAAUAAAAUAUGAAAGCGGCACUUUGGAAGAACUACUUUAUGUUGAUAUGCCACACGAGUAUCCUAACUCAUCGGGUCAAAUUGUCUUGGAUUAUGCAAAAGCAAUACAAGAAAGCGUGUUUGAGCAACUUCGUGUUGUUCGUGAUGGUCAACUGCGAAUUGUCUUCUCACCUGAAUUAAAGAUAUGUUCUUGGGAGUUUUGCGCUCGGCGUCAUGAAGAACUUAUUCCUAGAAGAUUGCUUGUACCCCAGGUCAGUCAACUUGGUACAGCAGCGCAAAAAUAUCAAGCUGCCACUCAAAAUACAUCAUCCAAUUUGUCUGUUCAGGAGUUGCAGAAUAAUUGUAACAUGUUUGUCUCAUCGGCUCGCCAGCUUGCAAAAGCCUUGGAAGUGCCUUUGGUGAAUGAUUUGGGGUAUACGAAGAGAUAUGUUCGCUGUCUUCAGAUAUCAGAGGUGGUUAACAGCAUGAAAGAUUUGAUUGAUUACAGCCGAGAAACAGGGACUGGACCUAUGGGUAAUGUUGAUUGGUUUCCCCUUUCCCUACUUUAUGAUUUGGCUUCAUUUGUUUUAAUCAAGAGCCACAAGUUGGUGCCUCUUGAUCAAACGACCAUCUUCUCCAUCUAUUUUAUUCUUUUGUUUACAGAGAGUCUGGCCAAGUUUCCUCGAAGAACAAAUGCUUCAUCUGGGUUCAACGGUCAAGGUCAACCAUCAGAGGACCAGCAGCAACAACAGCAAACUCCACCAGCACCACCGUCGCAUCAGCAGCAGGCAGUUCCCCAAAACUCAAACAGUGACCCGAGCUCUGUCCAAGCAGGGGCAAUGCAAAUUGCUUCUAGCAAUGGUAUGCAGCCCGUAAAUAAUGCCCUCAAUCCCUCACCGGCAACAACCACCUCAGCAAGCACCAUCGUCGGACUUCUCCACCAGAACUCCAUGAACUCAAGACAACAACCACAAAGCUCCAUCAAUAAUAAUGCAAGCAGCCCAUACAACUCAGCUCAGGCCCCUUCUCCAGGUUCGUCCACCACAGUGCCAGCUCAGCAGCCACCUAAUCCUUCUCCUUUCCAGUCGCCCACUCCUUCGUCAUCCAGCGCUCCACAACUUGGACAUAGUGCUCCAGCAAACAAUAUUCCACAGCAGCAACAGCAGCCGGCUCAUUCUAGCGACGGCGACCAUGGGGAUUCCCAGAGUUCUGUCCAGAAGAUCAUUCACGAUAUUAUGAUGAAUAAUCAAAUGAACGAUGUGAAGAAUGUCAACCCCACCACCAAUGGCAUUCUGCAGGCAAACAACAACAACAACGGCGGUGGCAUGAUCAACGGCAUGCAUAACAUGGGUGGUGGUGGAUUUGGGUCGAUGGGUGGUGGGGGUGGAGUUGGAGGCCAGCCUGUUGCCAUGGCGAAUGGGAUGAGAGCUGCUGCGAUGGUGGGUGGCGGUGGUAGUAACAAUAACAGCUCGUUGAUGAUGAAUGGAAGGAUGGCGAUGGCAUCGAUGGUGAGAGAGCAAGCGAUGAACCACCACCACCACCACCACAAUCAUCAUCAACAACAACAGCAGGAUUUGGGGAACCAGUUGCUUAGUGGGUUAGGAGCGGUUAAUGGGUUCAAUAAUCUGCAGUUUGAUUGGAAACCGUCUCCUUGAAAAUACACCACAAACUGUUUGUAUUUCUUGCAAGUGAUGAUGGUGUUGUGACGCAGAGCGCGGCUGUCUGUGUUGAUUGUAUGAUCUGCUGCUGCUUGUGCUGGCACAGUGCAGAGAGCACGGGUGUUGGGCGAAAAUUUGAUGGGUCCCCUGAGACGAGAGAGCGAGAGAGCAACUAAGGCUGGGAAUACUACGUGGGAUGAAAAGGGUGGGGUGGGAUUUUUCUUCUAAAGUUUUUCUCUUUACCCCCGGGGGAGUUCACUCACUGUGUACUAAUUUCCAGAGAAAAGAGUGAAGCAUAUAGCAUAGGUUUUUUCCGCCAAUCAUCAAUGAAAUGUUUAAUCCUCUUGUAUUCGGUUUGAUGUCCGUUUCAUCAUUCUUCUUUGUGACCGGGAGCGCAUAUGGUGGCGACUAGCACUGCAAAUGAGCUAACUUGUUCACGAGUGUGUCAAAGUUCAAUUCUGGAAAAGCUUGAUACUCAAUUAGUUUACUAACAAGUCA